GAAGUUUCCACAGGAUACCUGUUUUCUUAUCUCAAAGUUCAUCUGUCAGGUAAAACGUGUCAAGACUAUCUCGAGACAAGGCCAUGCCCGUUAUAACGUGUCAGGAAACCCGAGACAAGGGUCAGGACGGGAGAGAAAUGUCGCAGUCAGGGACUGAACUCGUUUCUUCAUCACCCGAGUUCACAAGUUAAGUAGGUCCUUCUUUGGAGUCAUGUUUCACGGCCUCCAUAAGUUUAUCUACUUGUAUAAAGUAUGCAGACGAAAUUAACAUACCCCCCUCCACAUGCCUCCUAUCCAAUAAGAAGACGAGAAGGGCGUGGAGUUGUAAUGUUUACGUCUAGCCUGCUCAGAAGUGGGACAGAGUGCAAACUGCACCUGUCACACGUUCGGAUAUCGAGGUACAGUACGUCAAAUGAGCCACUGCAAGACGGUGUACAGGAAGACUUCUGUCAGAGCUGCCAUGUUGAGAAGAGGCAGGAACGGCCGGGCUCGACAUGUGGCCUCGACCGAAACACGGCACGAGACAGAUGCCAUGGCAGUGAUCCAGACACCGGACAGGGAGGAGUGGGAGGGCCAGACGACAACGCAGGUCAACGACCCGCAGGAGUCAGAGUUGGAUUAUCUUGCCAGAUCUCAGAUUGUAUCUGAGGUGGUUGCCAUGCCCAGCACAGAGCCGGUGAUAGGGGAGUCCUUCUGCCAGUGUGAGAGACAGGAAGAGUUCAACCCGGGCUUUGGUGUCACUAGUGACUGCCUCUGUGGGGAGGAGGAUCAAGGUUUUGACUGGGUGUGGGAUGAUCACAUCAAAUCCUCCGGAGCCUUCCUCAGCUGUGACAGCAGGAAGGUUACCUUUCACUCAGACUACAGCUGCGGCACAGCGGCCAUCCGCGGCACCAAAGAGCUUGCAGAGGGCCAACACUUCUGGGAAGUCAAGAUGACAUCUCCCGUCUACGGAACUGACAUGAUGGUGGGAAUCGGUACCUCAGAAGUGAACCUGGAGAAGUUUAAGUACAGCUUUGGCAGCCUGCUGGGCCACGAUGAAGACAGUUGGGGGCUCUCAUACACAGGUCACCUCCAGCACAAAGGGGACAAAGUGAAGUUUUCCACUCGGUUUGGUCAAGGCUCCAUCAUUGGAGUUCACUUGGACACCUGGCACGGCACCCUGACCUUUUACAAGAACCGAUACUGUAUAGGUGUUGCUGCCACUCGGCUGCAGAACAAGAAGUUCUUCCCCAUGGUUUGCUCCACAGCAGCAAAGAGCAGUAUGAAGGUGAUCCGUGCCUGCUACACACCCACCUCCCUGCAGUAUCUCUGCUGCACCCAGCUCCGCCAAAUGUUACCCUCCUGCCCAGACGUACUAAACACAAUGGAGCUUCCCCCAGGCCUGCGGACCCUCCUCCAGACACGGCUUGGCUGGGUUUUUACCCUCAGCGGCAGCCCUGAGCCAGAGGUACCUGAACCUGUAGACUUGAAUGAGGACUUCCAGGAGGACAUGAGUCUGCCCUCCAGCCCCAUCCCGAGUCCGGUUUCUACCCUGAGUGCCUGCGCUUCCCUGAGCCCCUGCACCAGUCCGUUUCCUGACUCAGUCCCGUACCAGUGUCCGUGUCAGACGUCACCGAAAAAACAACCCUGCACAUGCCACUGCCCCCCAACCCCACCAAGCAGCGACUACGACAGCUGCUGCUCCGAGCCAGAGGAUUACCAGUGCAAACGAUGCCGCUGGACAUGACUCUGCAGAAAACACUUCUCUUUUAGCAUUGACAUACAGGUACUCUGCUAUGGCCAUAAGUCUCUCCUGUCAGAUGUCAUGGAAAUGAGAGCAAUCUCAGCAUUUAGCCAAUAUCACUUUAUCUACGUUAUGAAUGGAUUGUUGCUCCUCCUUUUAUUUGGCACGUUUUAUGACAUUCAUUCAAUGAAUGGGGACAGAGAGUAAGUAAAACAGGAGUGAGACAUUUGAGGAAAGUGGAAUAUUAGAGUUCUUAUUUUAUCCAACAUCUAUAAACAGGCUACAGAGAGCCAUUUGUCCAGCUCCUUUUCAUGUUCUUACUUUUGAAAUAUGCCAGUCCCUGUCUCUGGAAAGCUGGACGUGUUCCAGAAGAUUCUGAGGGGUAGAGUCCAGACAGGAGACAAUCUGCUUUUUGAUACCAAAGACACAACUUUUUGUACAGUAAACCUGUGUUUUGUAAUCAGCGUUUGGCUUGAACACCAACAGUUGAUAGUGUUCUUGCUGAAAGAUGAUUUGUUUUUUUUAUUGACAGUUUGUAAUGAACUUUCUUACUCAGGAAAUUCUAUAAAUAAAAACAAAAAGGGGA